UCACUCCCACCCCCAGAACUGAGCCUCUACUUUAGUCAAUCCUCUUUGCAUCACAUUUUCACUGUUUAUCAACUGGCUUCUGCGUUUACCUGCCCUUUUUCAUACAAUUCUUGCAUUUUUUGUAUGGAAUAUCCAAAAGAAUAUUAUCAAAACGAGUGGAGGUUUUGAAUUAAAGAUAAAUAAAGGUUGUUAGACUUUUCACAGUCUUGGGGCAUCAUGGCAGACGACGAUUUCGAUGGAGACGAGGUAGCAGAUGAUUUCGAUGAUGCAGAUGAGGAUGACAACAUUGAACUAGAGCAGCAAGAAGAGGAAGGAGAUAAUUUUGAAUUGCUUCAAUCUGGAGAAGGAAAUGCUGGUGUUCAGAAAUCCAAGAGGAUAACUACAAGAUACAUGACGAAAUAUGAAAGGGCUAGAGUUCUUGGCACACGUGCUCUUCAAAUUGCCAUGUGUGCCCCAGUCAUGGUGGAGCUCGAGGGCGAAACUGAUCCCCUGCAGAUCGCCAUGAAGGAAUUAAAACAGAGAAAAAUUCCGAUCGUCAUCCGAAGGUACCUCCCAGACCACAGCUACGAGGACUGGGGAAUUGACGAGCUCAUUAUUACAGAUCAUUAAACAUUUUUCAUUCAAU